CUUGCGUCUUGCCACGUCCUUUUCACUGCGCUUCUGCCCCACCUGCCCGCUCAACUCCUACUCUUUCACCCACCAUGCCUUGGCAACCUUGCCUCGUAUGCAAAGAAGAGACCGCCAACUUCUGCAGAUACUGCGUACGAACACGUAACGACGGAAUACUCAUUGACGCUCGUUUCUAUUGCGACGUUGACUGCAGAAAGAAAGACGAGGUCGAGCACCUUAAGGUACACAUGAACGUUCAUCGCACCACACCUCCGAAUAUGGAACGCGCAACCAAGGCCGGCAAGAUCGCACAGUCGCUCUUUUACGCGUUUUUGGAGAACACGUGGACCUACGACAUGAAGAAUGUUUGCAUCAAGCGUGAUCAAGAUCACGAUCUUGUUGCGGUCGAAGUCACGGAUGGCACAGGUGUCGUGACAGCUUCAGGGGGCCACACCGACUGCAAGAGCUACGCAGGCGGGUGGCUCAUCAAGUUCCCCGCUGAAUCGUUCAGUGCUUUUGAUAAUGAUGCAAAGCAUGCGCUUCUGAGUGACCGCAGCUCCAUUUGGGCGUUCGUGGUCAUGCAUGCUGCAGUGCAGGCCCUCUUUCAAGACCUAGUCGAUGAUGUACAAACCGACAUCAAGGAGGUUGUCCACUAUCCAGUCGACAAAGCAUCACGUGUCGUUCACGCCCAAGGUACUUUCGGUUUCGAGACAAGGCGCCACGAUCAGGUGUACCCUGAUGUGGACGAGCGCGGCGACACAAAGGGCGUUUACGAGAUCACGCUCAAAUGUGGUGCAAAGAUCGUGCUGGAUCUUGCUGCCGCGCAGUGGGAUCUCCCGGACGGCAACGGCGCACAAGCCCCUGUCAUGUAUUGGGCAGACUACUGGUCUCGCUGGGGCGCCGCGAUCAAGUACCGCAUUCCUUUCCGCAGCCACGCACUCAAGCAUGCCGCGAAGAUGUCCGGCUACCGCGUGGUCACCUCGCAGACUUUGAUCAUGGAGACCAUUCUCUACUUCAACGUCCUUAUGUCGAGUGGGUGUAAGGCCGAGCUCGGCUUCCACCCGCGCGAGCUACUCGACAUGAACGAGACCUACAGUGACGCAAAGAUGCGUUUCUUUGCCCAGGCUGCACGGUACCUCCAGAAGCGCCCCGUCGAAGUCGACAACGGCAACCAUCGCAACGUCCUCGACGCAUUCGACCUGCGCCACCCCAAGGUUAUCGCUGACGCACCAAAGCCGCAGCCCAACAGCAACGGAUCUCUUCCACUUGAUAUCGGCGACAUGGCGAGGUUUGACUGGAAAGCACUCAGCCGCCUGAUUCAGCAGCCAAGCUCAGAGGUCUCGUUGAAGGAGAAGAAGCGGGCAAAGGCGUUGCAGAAGGAUCGGAGUGUGUACAAGGAGCCUGGUACAUGGAAGAUUGUAUUUCUGGAGGAUACACUUCCGGGUCCUAGGGUGCCAGCGGAGCGUGUCAGUGAGAAUCCGGGGUGGAAGUUGGGAUAAGAUGAGGUGUGCAUAAGCUGUGAUGUCCGGGACUUUUGGCCCACAUGGUCUCAUCCAAGAACAGAGGGUGUGUUGCACACACGACUCAUGGGUACGUUGCAGCCAUCAACUUUGUGCAAGCCCUACAAUAAUAGCAUGUUUAGGCGGGAGUAUUGAGAAUCUUUAACGUAAAGCAUGUAUGUUAUUACAUGAGAUAGCGAGGCUGAGGAUCCAAAGCUUCGCGAGCUGUAACUACCGGAGUCGUG